CUUUGACAGUUCUUUGUCGUACAUUUUGGUAAUGAUUUGCGAAACAAAGGGAUUCCACUCGCUAGUAUGGAAGUCCCGUCUCUUAAAACGUAGUGAUUAUAUGCUCUUUGGCAUUGGCAGCAAGCAAAGCAAGGCAAUGAGGUAGUGUAAACUUGUGCAACAAGAAUUCUUUUACUUUUGGAAAGUAAAAAAUUGAAAUUAUUAUUAGUGGAUCGCGAUAUUGUUUACAAGAACGGUAACGAAGUAAAGCAAUAAUGGCGGAUCCGCUCAGUUUACUCCGACAAUAUAAUGUAAAUAAAAAAGAAAUAGUGGAACGCGAUAAUCAAAUAAUUUUUGGAGAGUUUUCUUGGCCGAAGAAUGUUAAAACUAACUACCUUAUGUGGGGACCUGGCAAGGAGGGCAGUAUAAAAGAAUAUUAUACAUUGGAAUGUCUUCUCUUUAUUCUCAAAAAUAUACACUUAACUCAUCCAGUGUAUGUCAGACAAGCAGCGGCUGCUAAUAUACCUGCAGUGCGCCGUCCAGAUCGUAAGGAAAUAUUGGCAUACUUGAAUGGUGAAACUGCGACUUGUGCUUCAAUUGAUAAAAGUGCCCCGCUGGAAAUUCCAACACAGGUUAAGCGUACCCAUGACAAUGAGGUCGGUGAAUCAGUGGCGAAAAAGCCUCGUAUUGAAGAGACCCAUGUGCAGAAAGUUCGUGAGCAGCUUGCUGCCCGACUUGAAGUUACUAAAGAAGCCUCUGUCACUGUUGACAAUAUUAAAUCAUUGUCAGAGGCUAUGUCAGUGGAAAAAAUUGCAGCAAUUAAAGCAAAACGUUUAGCCAAAAAGAGGACUACAAUUAAAAAUAAUGACUACUCUGACACACUGGGUGUUGUUGGUUCAGAUCUAAGAGCUAUCUUGGAUUAUGAUGUGAAUCACAUCAUAAGUCGGGAGAGGCAAUGGAGGACAAGGACUACAGUAUUACAAAGUAAUGGAAAAAUAUUUGCCAGGAGUAUUUUGGCACUGCUGCAAGGCAUCCGAGCGCGCGAAGAAGGCAGGCCGGGGGUGCCGCGGCCGCAGCCUGUAGUACUGCCACAGCCUACUGCAUUACCGGCGCAGCAGGCGCAGUACAACAGAUACGAUCAGGAAAGAUUUAUAACGAGGAAAGAAGAAACGGAGGGUUUCAAAAUCGACACUAUGGGGACGUAUCACGGCAUGACGUUGAAGUCAGUGACAGAAGGCCCAAGUGCUCCCCUUGCAGCGCGCACCCCACAGAAUCCUAGUCAGCAGCGGCCAAUGCCACAAAUGCCAGUGUCGGCGGGCACGCCGGGUCGGCGCGAGCUGCUGCCGGUGGCCGCGGCGCGCCCGCCCGCCGGCGGCGGCAAGCGGCCCUCGCGCACGCCCAUCAUCAUCAUACCGGCCGCCGCCACCUCCCUCAUAUCCAUGUACAAUGUCAAGGACAUGCUGCAAGAUCACAAAUUCGUCCCAGUAGAGCAAAAGAAAGCCGAAGGCGCAGCCCGCGAAAAUGAAGUGCUCCUUCAGAGAAGAAAGGGUGGUGAAAAUAUGCCUGCAAACAACUUUGCUAUCACGGUGCCGUACCGCGUGGUGGACAAUCCAAGCCGCCUGUCGGCAGCCGAGUGGGACCGCGUGGUGGCGGUGUUCGUGCAGGGGCCCGCCUGGCAGUUCAAGGGGUGGCCGUGGGACGGGAAUCCAGUGCAAAUCUUUGCCAACAUUUGCGCGUUCCACCUGAAGUUCGACGAGAUGAAGCUGGACGCGAAUGUAUCGCGGUGGGCGGUCACCGUGCUCAACCUGAGCCGCACCAAGCGGCAUCUCGACCGCGCCGUGCUGCUCGGCUUCUGGGAGACUCUGGAUAAGCACAUGAUGAAGAAUAAACCUCAUCUUAGAUUCUAGUUUAAUAGCUUUAUAGAGCUCUAAAAUUAUUGAUGAAGCGUUUUUUAUAGUUUUUAAGUCGAAUGUACUAUUAAAUGCAUCUAGAUUAUCUAGAAAAAUUACCUACUGUGUACAAUACUAAUAGUUUGAUUGAAAUUACUUGUAGAAUGUUGCUCCUCGAAUCUUAUUAGCUUAGUCCACACUUGUAGCAAUUAAAUUUACCCUUAGGUAUAAUGCAUAUUUUGUAUACACUAUAAAAUACAAAUGUGGACUCAGUUCAGGCAGAGGGCAACCUAUGGUCGGCCUUUACCAAACCUUUGUAGUUGCAGGGGCGGCCUGUCAGCAUACGGACAGUGAGAAUUUCUUUAAUAAAAUGUUGCUUUUUUAAUUUAUGGAUUUUUACGUGAUUUGUACUCACGAGCUCUUUUGAACCUAAUAGAAAAUAUUGUCCCAAACUUUUAUUCCUUUUUUAUUAUCAUAUUUCCAAAAGUACGUAUGGUUUCACAAAGGAAAGUUUAAAAAUAUAGGGAAACUUCGAGGUACUUUUUUUGGUUUCCGAUGGAAAGAGCUGUUGAUUCUGAGUCGAAUUAACAUAAAAAUCAGAAAUAAUAAAAGCGAUUUUUUUUGCUGUUGCUGAUUCGGUAAUAUAUAUCGAUAAUUAAUAAAGCCCAAUGCCUUCAUCCCCUCUUUACACGCACAAGUACCCACCUAUAAUUGAUGAUUGUGUAUUAUAGUCUCUGAGAUCUAUUUUCACACAUUUGACAAUUGUCUAUUGAUGUUUGUAGUGAUGAAACUAAGACGUAUCGUUUGUCAAAUCUAGCGAUUAUAAACGAAUUAGUUGAAUCGAUUUUACAGUCGAAUUUGCAUUUUGUGUUUGUUUUACAUGUAUUAGUUAUUAUUAUUAUAUAAUGGAAUUUUAUAAACUUAUGAAAAUAUCAUAUGACUCGGCCACAACACUGCUUUAAAAAAAAAAGACAUAAUAGGUAACUGCUUGCGUGAUAAAUUAUUUUCGUAAAUUAAUAAAUAACUAAGAUCUAAAAAUUUUUUAACAUAAACUAAUUUAUGUUUAAGAAAAGCGAAAUAUUGUUUUGAAGUACUUGACUAACCCUAAUGCUACUACGGGGUUUUAUUUAUAAUCUUAAUGGUUUAACGUAUUCGUUUACGGUCUACCGGUGUUGUAAUGUGUUAUUCAUAUGUGUGAACUUAAAUCUCAUCAACUAUAAGGGUGGUAAACAAGAAUUUACGAAAAUGUGUUAAUUUUAAUCCCGAAGCCGAAGGCGAGGGCUUGAUUAACACGAGGUCUUAAUUCUGAUACGUGGCAUACACAAUGUUAUUCAUCACACUUGUGAGGAAAAGACUAAAUUUUAAGCGAAAUAAUUUUUAAAUACAUUCAAACAUUCGUCCGUCAUAUUGACAUUUUUGAUAGGCUAGGCAUCCAUAGCGCAGACAUAUCCGGCAUUUAGCCCCAAUUGAAAAUAGUUUAAAAAUAUUAUAAAUAUCGAUUCAAUUAA